AUGACCGUGCUCGGUUACGUGGUGUUGCCAGAUCUAACUUGUGCCAGCCGGCCUGUUGUGCAUAGCUCAAACAACUUGAACGAACCAAAAGCCCGCGACUGUGGUCGUUCUUCGGGGAUCAGGCAGCGGCAAUCCCAAUUGCGCGGUUCUCGUCUAUUUAACUCAUUCAGCCGGACCAUGCCCUCCUCCUCCUCCUCGUCGUCUUCCGCCCUGUCUUCUUCUAUCAUCUCCCCGCCCCCCGGCACAUUGUCUGUAUCCUCAUCAUGGUUUCCGUUUCUCGCCUUUCUACUCGUUCUCUCUCUAUCUGAACUGUUUCUCCCGUUGGCUGAGGCCGGAUGUCGUACAAGUGCCGGUUUGGCCAUGUGUUGUCGUGGUCGUCAAUCGACGUGUUCCAGUGUCACACUUGACUAUUCUUCAUCUAACACUACCCGGGUACGUCGACAUUUAUCUACCAUACCGCAAAAACGUUGUUUUUGCGACGAGCAUUGCACUCUGACAAACGAUUGCUGUCCGGACUAUCGCGAGGUUUGUCAGAAGCCUGGUGAAGUAGCGCAACUGCUCCCGGUUCGCGGAGAUGUAAUGCAAAUGCUUCGUCAGCAUGAUAUGCGCUGGGAUGUGAGAAGAAAGCUCUACUUGGGACGUCUGAUUCAGCAGAAUAGAACCGAACAACCGGAGCCUGAACCGUACUGCACGAUCUACGAAAUCACCCACGCGAAUCCCGCCUGUCAAGCUCACAAUCUUCUUUGGCAAUACGCUAACGGUUAUAUGCCGUACAGUUCCGACCCGUAUUCGUAUUACCGCAUCCGCCGACAUCGCUCGUGGGGUUCACGACCAGCUCCUAUACUGCAAUCUAAACGUCUCAUGUCUGACUGGGGUAUGACUAAUACAUGGUCUCACGUGUGGAUGACCCACGCAGCCCUGCUCAGUCCAGGACAACAAAUCUGUGUCACUUGUUAUCCGGCUUACAUUCGUUGUCCGGCAGUCGGCUAUUUGGGAAUGGAGACACGAUGGAGAGCGCUACGGACAGCCGACUGUCAAGGGACAUUUCGUCUCGUCUCCAAACCUCAACAGUCAUGCACUUGCGGUCAAGGUGUGCCAUCGUUUGUGUUUGUUUGA